UCUCUCUCUCUCUCUCUCUACUCGCUUAAACCCUCCUCUCUCUCUCAUCGCCAUGCCCUUCUCUCUCUUCACCUUCCCCGACCUCCCCUUUUCCUCCCCGUGAUCGUCCCCUCGCCUCCUCUACCGUCUCCGCCGCCGCCGCCGCCAUGGCGCUCUCCUCUAGAGGCCUCCUCACCCGCCUUCUCCGCGCCGCCGGUCCCAGCCCUAGCAUCCCUUCCCUCUUCCCCUACCGGAGCUUCUCCGCCGAGGUCCUCGUCGACGAGGGCGAGCUCCGCGGCGGCGGCGGGGGACGCAUCAUCGAGGCGAAGCCCGGGGUGAUGGGCCCCGAAUCGCGGCGCACGGGGGCGAUCGCCGUGAAGUGCGGCAUGACGGCGCUCUGGGACAAGUGGGGCGCUAGGGUUCCGAUCACCGUCCUCUGGGUCGACGACAACGUCGUCUCCCAGGUCAAAACCGUCGAGAAGGAGGGCAUCUUCGCCCUCCAGGUUGGGGCGGGGCAGAAGAAGGAGAAGCAUCUGAGUAAGCCGGAGGUGGGCCAUUUUAGGGCCCAAGGGGUUCCCCUGAAGAGGAAGCUGAGGGAGUUUCCAGUUACAGAGGACGCGCUUCUUCCCGUUGGUACGCCCAUUACGGUUCGCCAUUUUGUUCCUGGGCAGUAUGUUGAUGUCACAGGCAUCUCAAGAGGCAAAGGGUUUCAGGGUGGGAUGAAAAGGUGGGGAUUUUCUGGAAUGCCUGCAUCACAUGGUGCGUCAUUAUCCCAUCGGAGCAUCGGAUCUACUGGUCAAAGAGAUGCUCCUGGAAAGGUUUUCAAGGGCAAGAAAAUGCCCGGCCGAAUGGGUGGAAAGCAACGAACAGUCAAAAACGUAUGGAUCUAUAAAAUAGAGCCCGCCAGAAAUUUCAUGUGGGUCAAAGGACAGGUUCCAGGUGCCGAAGGAAGCUUUGUUUACAUAAAAGAUGCUGUAUACAAGAAGCCGGAAAUCUCUUCGCUACCAUUUCCAACCCAUUUUAUACCGGAAGGCGAGGACACAGAUGAGCUCGAACCCCUUAUUGCGGAUCUCGGUGAAGUUGACCCAUUCAUGGCAGCUGAUUGAGCCAACAUUAGGGAAAAUCCAAAAAGAAAAUCCGCGUUAUGUUUGUUGUUGAAUGUCAAAAUUUUUUAGCGAGCCAUUAUUUCGCAUUAAGAUCUUAUGCUAGUUGUUCACAAUAGGUUAGAUUUUGGGUGCAUUUAUUAUGUCUCUCUUAUGUUUUUCAUGCGCUGAAACAGCGAGAAUUCGAGUGCCCAGCUGUUUUAUUGUAACCAAACGAACAAAUUCGAAAUAAAUUUUGUAAAAGUUGAAACCUCUGAUAGACGCUAAACAAAUUCUAACAGUUUGGUGUGACUUGAAAUCGUCUGACAGUUUUGAACAAU